GUUGAACCUUCAAGAUUCGUUUUCGUAUCGGCGCGGAAAGUCACCAGCAGACGUGUGCAUCCUGACAGCGGGACACAAUGCAUGUACAAGCAGUCGCACCCUUCCCCUUCAUUCAGGUUUAGGCUACAACGAGUUGCCCGUGCAGACGCGCGACAGUCCGCAAGAUGCCCUUCUCCCAUCACAGCCAUUCCGGUCAAUUCUGUCCAGGCCAUGCGCGCGACAGUCUGGAAGACGUGGUCUUGGUGGCCAUCUCCAAGAAGAUGCAGAUGCUAGCAAUGACGGAGCACAUGCCCCGGCAUGACCAAGAUCGAUAUCCCGAAGAGAUCGAUGCAGGGAGGACCCUUGCAUCUCAGUUCGACAACGAAAGCGCCUAUUUCGCCGAGGCCUCGAGAUUGCGGGAGAAGUACAGACAGCAGAUCGAGCUACCCAUUGGUUUCGAAGGCGAAUGGAUUCGACCCGAGUCAGCCGACCUUGUGCAGCGGAGCAUUGCAACGCACCAAUAUGACUUCUUCAUUGGAUCAGUCCACCACGUCCAUACAGUCCCCAUCGACUAUGACAGCGAGAUGUACCAACAAGCACGCCAGAUCUCGGGUGGGUCGGACGAGAAGCUUUUCGAAGACUAUUUCGACGCUCAGUUAGCCAUGCUGAAGGCUCUCAAGCCGCCUGUGGUGGGACACUUGGAUCUCAUUCGACUGAUGAGCGACAGUCCCAAUGGCAGCUUCAAGGCUAUGCCUGAAGUCUGGCGGAAAAUUCUGCGAAAUCUUGACUACAUUUCCUCAUACGGGGCAAUCCUCGAGAUCAACACUGCAGGUUUACGUAAGGGCAUGGAUGAGCCUUAUCCAAAGUUAGAGAUCUGCCAGGCUGCUUUGGAGCGAAAGCUCCAAUUCUGUCUCUCUGAUGACAGUCAUGGUGUGGACCAUGUCGCUACGAACUAUGGUCGAUUGUUACCUUUUCUUGAUGAGGCAGGCAUCACCACUUUGUCCUAUAUACGACGUGGCGGUUUUGCCCAGGGAAAGAUAGACCAUCGCUUUCCAUACCUAGGCGUUGAGGACGUCGGGCUGCGUGAAUUGCGCUCUCACCUGUUCUGGAAGAGCUUAGAGACCCCUAAUCACUAGUCAGGAGUGAUUGGUCGGGGUUGCAUGCUUUGCUGGCA